UUGAAUUUGUGCGGUUUCAAGCUACCUGGUGGUUGUGCGACCUGUUGGAGUCCUGAGAAGACCACUGUUGUGUGUGAAGGUUAACGCUUUCUUACAUGUGCGUAAAAAGCGCUUAUCCUAAACGUUGUCCUCGUUCUUCUUACCUGUUUGUUUGCUCCGGUUGCGUACAGUGACUAUGCCCCGUUUUGGGUGACUACCCGUCGUGGCUGCCGUCGCUUUGACCUCUAGUCUGCUGGUCCCACAGCGGCGGUUUUUCCUUGGCGGCGUUGUGCGCUCUGAACUCCGGCUCAUCCUUGCAGAAGUUCCGCCGCAGUCCAAUGCACAGCGCUUCUCUGCUCUCCUCCUGCUGCGAUAAGGAUGCUUUUCGUGGUCAAACUCCACAGGAUUAGCCUGAGUUGAACAAACGGACCAUGUAACCAGAUCAGUUGCGGGAAAGGCUUGGUAGGCUUCGAAAGGUUGAUGAAGACUUGACUGGUAGUAUGAUGGCUUCACAGAUUCUGUUGACAGACUGCUCAAGAUAGAAGCUGGACCAUUUCAUUUCCUUUUAUGAGACUGCCGUGCUGACCAGCAGAAUGGAGGUACAGUAAUUACAGCUUCCCCGGCUGCCCGCUGCCCUGUACUGGGUGUGUGUUCAGCGAUGCUGCACUGCUGCCAGUUGUGAAAGAGAAGCUGGCAUAUCGCAGGACAGCAGAGGAGGAGCUGAGCAGCUAUAAUGGAAACUCUGCAAACCUCGUAAAGCAGAGAUGUUCAUGCAGAGUGGGUAUCCAGCGGUGUGACCUCUCACCUUUGACUUCUGACUUCUCUUCACCCUCACUACCUUCAAACACUCUUCUGAUGUGUUAAGCAACUUUGCUGAACAGUUUGAUGGAGAGCUGGUCGGAUGACAGCUGGAACUGUUGUCAUAACCGGAGGAAUACUGGCCACAGUGAUACUUCUGUGUAUCAUAGCUGUGCUCUGUUACUGUAGACUCCAGUACUACUGCUGUAAGAAGAAUGGGUCUGACAGCGCCUCCAUCUCUCAGCAACACUUUGCCUGCAAUGCAUGCAGUGUCUCCGGCCUGGACGGGUCGAUCAUCACCCCAUUGUCCAUGUCACCACCAGAGCCGCCCAUAUCCUCCGACCCCACCAAAUCCACAGGGGGUCAACGCAGUUACUGCCCCACCUGCUCACCCUAUGACUCGCCCUUUUACAUCCGUACCACUGAUGAGAUGCGCAACGGUGGCGAGCGCAUCACCUACAUGCCCACACACUAUGAGAACCAGGCGUUGGCGAUGCCACUGCCCACUGUCCGAGGCUCCCUGCUGAGGGAGACCCAGCGAGGCCGGCCUCCCGAUUUCUACACCAACACCCGAGCCAUCAGCACAGAGGUGUGACCAACCCAAGCCCCCAACCCCUCUCCACAACACUACCCAUAUACACAGAGACACUCCCCUGUUCACUUACACACACAAACCAGCACCACCACUAACAAGACCACAAAAAUAAUGCUGACACCUACUGCAGCUGCCAGAGAGAUCUACUAGAUCCACUGUUUGUGGAGGUUAUAUGAUCAUGUUUAUUUGGGGGCUUGGGUUUGGGGGGAAUGUGGGGGGCUUGGGAAGUGAGGAUUGUCUAAACUGCUGAAGUGUGUGACAAGCAGGGAUCACUUGCAAACCUAGUUCAUCAGUUUAUACCCUUAAAUUUUAUGUUCAAGGUAAGUAAUUCUGUAACUGAUGGUAGAUAAAACUGUAGCUGUAAAGUCAAAGUAAAAAUGCCCCUUUAUGCUCUCACAUGAAGGGUAUGGUUGUAAACCUGUAAACUGCCUGUUGACUGUUACUAUAUCUUCACUGACUGAGGGCUAUCUUAGAUAAUUUAUGAUUCCCUUGCUACACAUCUUCCUAAAAGACAAAAAAGAGUAUAUAAAGUAAUAUAAAGUAAAUAUGAAGCAAUUUUGUCAUAAGAAGAAUGGAGACUAAUAAUUUGCAAUAGAAGGAAAAGUCAACAUCCCCUUUGCAGUUUUCUGGAUCUCUGGCAAGCAUGCUUGAGUUACAGGAAAGGCGGAAGACGACGGACGACUGGAGCUUUCUCUAUGCAAGCUGUCUGGCAAACUACUGCGGCUCUUCAUCUCCAGUCAUCUACUUUCAGCAGUUUUAGGCUCAUCAUGGAACUUUAUUGGAGGAAUAUUGUAAGCACGGUGCACACCCACUGAGAUAUUACGAACCUGCACCUGUAGAUAGACUUUCAAGCAUUUAAAACUGGAUCAUGGUUACAGUAGUUCAAAGCCUCAUGGGUUGCCAGGUCCACAUUGAACCCCCACUUUCUCCCCUAAGUUGUAAACCUCUGAAUGAGCAAGGACGCCCUGUGCCCAUGAACGGAACAGCGGUAAGCUUCAAGUGAAGGAGAGAGUGAAAAUCUCAGCGACGCAAAAAGUUUGAUAUGUAAAUAAUAACCAGAAAGCAAUGAAUUCAUCUCUUCAUCCCAUUGUGUUCUUGAUGGAGUGAGAUGCAGUUUGAACAUGAUGUAUUUUGAAUGAGGGAGUGUUAUUUAGUUUGUGCUAUUUUGUCUACACACUCCUCCUAUACUCCUGUACUACUCUCAUGUUGAAUCUUUGAAAUGCAAAUAACCAUGUCAUUUAUGUUCAUGUUUAUUUUUCAUAUUGUGAGGAAGUUAGAAUACACAUUAAUGUGAUUGAAAACUGUUUCAUUGUUUCUACAUAAUACUUAUCCAGUAUUGCUUGCCUUACACAAUAAUAUUUCCUGAGAUAUUUGUCCUUUCUGUGUAUUGCAGGAUUCAGUGAGGCUAAACAAUCAAUGCAAGAAACCUUAAGGACUUGCAUGGUGUGAUAAUGUAUGAUUAUUUUGAUUGAUGAAGAUUGUAAGGACAGACCUAGUAUUAUAAUUCAUCCAUUAAACAAAAAUGCUAUUCCCAACCUAUUUUCAGCACUGCAUAUAACAUAUGAUUAUUCAUUGAUCAGUGGCUACUUAAUUUAUUUAUUUAUUUAUUAAGGUUAAAUAGAUGCCAAGUGUAGUGGGAUUACACUGUACAUCCUGAAACUCCUCAAAACUAUUUAGAACAGAAUUGUGUAAAAGGACAAAUAAACAAACAGAGGACUGGCAAAAUGAAAGUUCAUCACUAAAGAUUGACAGGUUUGAUAUUUGGAAAACAGAAAGGUCUGGCCUGGAAUCUCCCAAGAUACAGUGAAAUAAAACCAGUGUUUCUCCAUAUUGUUGCCCACUACCACAGAUAAGGAUUUAUUGUCAUCAUUAAUUGAUUUAGGUAUUGUAUUAACUAUAUAUUUUACUCUUUGAAAACAUAAAAAAUAGCUUUUUAGAAAUGUGGUUAAAACCGAUAUCAUACCUGAC